UGGUAGCGUCCUCCUCGCCAAUGGCCACGGCAAUCGCCGCGAUCGCCGACGCCGCCUCGUGGUGCUGCGCCCUGGCGGUGGUGGCGCUGGUCGUCCUUUGCGCCCUCCGAGCGGGGCCUCCGACGGCGGCGGAAUUGGCCGCCGUAGCCGACGAAGGAAGGCAAUUUGAUGCGGUAUUGCGCGGCGCGAGGCUCGCGGAGAAGCGGCUGUGCGACGAGAUAUACGUGGUGGGAGAGGGGGAGACGCUGCACAGCAUCAGCGACAAGUGCGGCGACCCGUUCAUCGUCGAGCGCAACCCCCACGUCCACGACCCCGACGACGUCUUCCCCGGCCUCGUCAUCAAGCUGAUCCCCCACCAACAUGUUUAACGGCUCUAUAUAGAGAGAGAGAGUGAUAGUAUGUGAAUAAUAUUUAUUAUCUAUUUUUUUUAUCAUCAUGUUACUAUUAUUUCACCUAUCAGUACUUAAUCCUAAGCAUUUGAUUGUACAAAAAUAGA